AUGAGGUCGACGCUCUUGUCUGCUCUUACCCUCAGCGUCGCUGUCAGAGCCCAAUUCGGUCCAGCCACUACCAGUUCCUCGAGCUCUCUUGGCCCCGCUCCCACUGAAUCUAUCGGAUGUAGACAGGUCGACGGGGCCUGGGAGUGUGCUGGACCCAGAAACAGUGCUACCUCGGCUACUUCGUCCGCCGCUGCCGCUUCCACAAGUCAGGCUGGCACGCCAACUACCAGCUCGCUGUCGUCCGGAGUACCACCUCCUCCAACAGAAUCAGUCGGAUGUGUUCUUCACAUAGAUCAUUAUCAUUGUGAGGGUCCCGCUUCUGGAUACACAGCUAGUACAACUACCAAUACGGAGCCUGCCGUCCCAUCUCCGACUGAGAGUAGUAAUUGUUUCUGGCACGAAACGCACUGGGAUUGUUUCGAUUCUGAAGAGGAAUUGGAGGCUGCUGAGAGUGCUGAGGACACGGGAGAAUGUAUUAUACACGUCGGCCACACACACGGUGAUUGUUCCGCUGAAGAUCUUGCAUGCGGUGCUGUCCUACUCGAAGACUUCAAUAUGGGUCUACACGUUGGCGGACUUUUCAUUAUUUUAGUCACAUCCGGUCUUGGAGCGAUGAUCCCACUGUUCACCGGCUGGGCAAGGAGGAGAGGUCAAAGUACUGACAGCUUUGACACUCGGGUGUCAAGUGUCGAACAAGAUCAUACUGCUUUUGGGAGAAGGGCUGGACUGUGGUCUAAUAUCUUCUUCAUCGCCAAGCACUUUGGUACUGGUGUUAUCCUGUCCACUGCUUUUAUCCACCUACUUUACCACGGCUUCGUGAUGUUCGCCAACGAAUGUAUGGGACACAUGUCCUACGAAUCCACCGCACCUGCCAUCGCAUUAGCCGCUGCAUUCGUCACCUUCUUAUUCGACUUUGUCGGAUCCAGAGCCGCACACAGGAAGUAUGAGCAUCACGUCAGUGGACCUUUAGGUUCACCUGGGAAUGAGAAAGGUCCUCGAGCAUCUCCUGAGCAUGAUCACUCGCACGAUGGUCAUGAUCAUGGGUAUGACUUGGUACUCGAAGGUAGACAGAACUGGGAGGUUGUGUUGUUGGAACUGGGUAUCAUCUUCCACUCCAUUAUGAUCGGUGUUACUCUAGGUGCAGGUAGUGGAAACGGUUGGACCACCCUCCUCAUCGUCAUUGUCUUCCAUCAAUUCUUCGAAGGAUUGGCAUUAGGAGCGAGGAUAGCCUUACUUCGGACAAUCUCAAAAGCUAGACAAUUCCUGAUGGCUCUGGCGUUCACUUUGAUCACGCCUAUCGGUAUAGCUAUUGGUAUUGGAGUGAGAAAAUCUUUCUCUCAGAAUGGGAAAGCCUCGUUGCUAUCCGUUGGUAUCCUCAACUCGAUCAGUGCGGGAAUUUUGCUCUACGCUGCUUUCCGACUCCUCUCAUGCGAUUUCACCGAUGGACCAUUGAGAGAUGCCAAACCGUACAAGGUCAUUGCUGCGUUACUGGCUAUGGUCGCGGGUAUGGUCGGGAUGAGUGUGUUGGGUAAGUGGGCGUAG